AUGGAGAAUUUAUUCCUACAACAGAAAUGUCUCUAACAUGAUCAGGAUUAUUUAGCUGUUCAAAUUGGUAUAGAAAACAAAUAUUUUUGUCCUUAAUGUUUAAUCGACCUUGUAACUACUAAAGAUUUGAUAUUAAUAAGCUAUGCUAAGUAGUAAAUUCAGAAUAAAAAAAAAUAAUUAUCCAAAACAAUUUAGGAUGAAUGCUAACAAAAAAUAAGUUUAAUAAAAAAUCUGAAAGACAAUAUAGAGGAAUUACAAUUUCCUUUAAAAUAGAUCUUUACAUAAAUCACAGGAGAAAUUGAGGAAUUAGAGAAGGCAACCUAUAAUAAACUGUAAUCAAGUUAAAUAAUUAAUUCUGAAACUGAAUCUGAAAGCCUAAAUUAAGAAUUAAAAUUAUUAAUUGAUGAAGAGAGUGGUUUAUCAACAUAAGAAGAUAACGAUGAUUAAUUGAAGAAAUAAAUACUCCUUUAAAUAAAAUUCUCUUUUUAUUAAACAAGACUGAAUGAAAUUCUCCAUUAAUUUGAUAAAAUCUCAAAUUUACAUUAUAACGGUUCAAAUAGUUCUUCGCUUUAAGACAAGGUAAUUAUUGAUAUAAUAUAGAAAACAAUAUCUUAAAAUUGUAAAAUUCAUAAUGAAUAAAUUAAAAUGCUUUUAAUUGAUGAAAAAAAUUAAGUUUCAAAAUUUUCUUGUGUUGAAUGUAUUUCAGAAACAUAAGGAAAAUACAUAUCACCUACGCAGUUAAAGUAAUCUUUUGAUAAUUACUAAUUAUAAUAAGAAAAGUCACUAAAACAGUUUUAAUUAUUAAAGAUGGAAUCGAAAAAUAAAAAAAUUGCUUUUUUAAAUUAAAUACGUGAUAUGUACAUUUAAAAUAUAAACUUAUACAUUAAAUAAUUAGAUGAGAAUGAAAAGUCUUUCGAAAAGAUUAUUGAGACAACUUUAUAAUUUAAGGAUUAAAAUAUAUUAUAAAUAGAACAAGAUUAAUCAUUAAAAUUAUUAGAACCUGUUUAUUUGAAUUAGAGUCCAAAUCAUUUUUUUUAAAUAAUUGAAAGAUAAUUAGAAUAAGAUAAAAAAUUAACUUUGAAGUAAGAAUAAAGUAUGGAAGAAUUGAAUAAAUUUGUUAUCCAAAAUUCUAACUAAAUCUAUACUGAGUGUUUAGAGCAUGAGAUCUUAUUGAAGAAACUGGUAAAACAAAUCGAAGAAUAAAAACUAAAUCAAGAUAAUAACCUAAAUUAAGAUGAACCUAUAAUUGAUAAAGGAAUUCUUAUUUUAGAAAACGAAACAAAUAGUUUUCUCUCCAAAAAAAUUAAACUAUGCAUACUGUAUGAGUAAUAUUAAAAACAAUUUGAGAAUCGUAAUCAAUUAUGGUCUGAAUAAGCCAAAUUAAUUUAGAAAAUAACUGAAGAAUAAGAGAAAACGCAAGUACAAGAAAUACGUGAUGAACAAGGAAAAGAAAUGAUAUAAAUGAAUUUAGAAAAGAAAAAUAUAUGCUUAGAAAGAUUAAAGAUGAAGAUAAAUUCAAUCUCUUUUUGCAAUGAAAUAUAAAAGGAUGUUUCUGUUUUGACCAAUGAAACGAAAGAAACAAUUCAGAAGGAAGUAAAUUAGGUUAAUAUAUAAUACUAAUAUUUAGUAUAAGGACAUAAUUCAUAGGCUUGAAGUUAAUAAACUAAAUGAAACUAAUACAUAUUUUCCUAAAUAUGAUGAAACUGAAAAAUUAUCUAUCUUUUAAUUAGUUAAUUCUAAGUUAAUCAAUUGUAAUUAAUUUUUAAUUGAAUGUUAGCUUCUUAAGGAGGAAUUGGAUUAGCAGUCUUACAACCUCCAUUGCCUAAUAAUAAAGUUACAACUUUCAUUUUUAAAAUAAAUGUACAAUUUUUGGUAAAUUUAGAAAUCGAAUCCAUUAGCCGGGGUUGGUAUUUGCAACUCUUAAUCAGUUAAACUCUUUAAUUAUGAUAUGCAAGCAAAUUAUUUAUCCAAAAACCAUAACGUGUAUCUUUUAUGUGCUAGUGGAUAAAUUUCUAGCAAAUUAGGAUAUACCAAUACUACUAACUUUAAUUUUGAAGAUAAUGCGAUCUUAAUUUGUUAAUAUGACCCAAAAGGUUUUAAAUUAAAGAUAAAACACUUAAAUGUAUGAAUAGUUUUUAUGAAUUAGGAUGGAAAAAUUUAUGAUAUUGAAUUAGUAAAACCUGCUGUAGAAAUGUCUCCAUGUAUUAUGCUUAAUGGUAAUGCAGAAAUAGAGAUUAUGUGA